AUGUGGAGUGACAGUUGCACUGCACAUUGAAUUGAAAUUCACUAUGUAUUUUGAGAUUGAUAAAAAAGUGCAUUCUUUGAGCCGUUUAAUUUAAAAUCAUGUAUAAUCUGAUAGUCUGAAAUUGUUUACAUAUUGAAAAUGUCAGCAGAUAUAAGGUCAUUUUUCCAAGUGAAAAAAGUUCAAAAGAAGAAAAUAGAAGAAGAUGAUGAUGUGAUACCUGAAUCUCCAGAUGUACAAAUUAAAAACAAGAGGAAGAAGCCAAAGAAAAGACCGCACAUUUGUGAUGAUUCAGAUGAAGAGAUAUUCUCAACUAAAAAUGCCAAAAAUUACCAUCAAGAGCCCACCAAGUCAAAGAAGAAGACUCCCCCUAAAGCGGUCCUUAAAGAAGUCAAGGCCGUUUCCGAUUUAUUUGGAACUGGCCCCAUUAAGAGAACUGAGCCAGUUACAAAAAAACAAAAGAAAAAAACUGAGGUUGGCAUACAUUCUGAUGACGAUUUUGACAAAAGUCUCUUGGAACUUGACAUAGAUGAGGGACUGGAAAUAGGAGAUGAAACAAAUGGAAAAAUUGAAAAUGGCAAUGUAAAAAAUCAUGAUGUAAAAGAUAAAUGUCCUAUUAAAAAAAGGGAAAUUGAAAAAAAAGAAAAAUCACUUGAGAAUAAUAAAAAUGGAAAGUCUACUAGUAAUAUAAGUCCAGAAAGUGAAUCAAAGGAAAAGUCUUAUAGUGAAUUAAAGAAUGAAAAAAAGAGAAAGUUUUCUGCAUUUGUUGAUGAUGAUGUUGAUCAUGUUGAAAAUAAAAAAUAUAAAGAUAGUUCUAAAACUGAGGAAUGUUUUGAUAACUCUGUUUCUUGUUUUGAUGAGGAUUUAGAACAAAAACAUAAGAGCAAAAAGAAAAAAAUGGAUAAGAGUCUCAAUGAGUCUGAUGCCGAGAGACAUGAAAGAAGGCGGCAUUCAGCAGCUCUAUACCAGAACUAUCUCAACAGAACAGGACCGAAGAAUUUGGGGGCCAAAGAAAUUCCAGAGGGUUCACCUAAUUGCCUGAAGGAUUGUGCGUUCCUUUUGACUGGAGUGCUGGACUCGUUCGAGAGGGAGGACAUCGCAGCUGCCAUCACUAAGUACGGCGGGUGUGUUAAAAACAGUAUUAGUAGGAAGGUGACUCAUGUUCUUGCGGGCGAGGACGCCGGUCCCGCGAAAAUGGCCCAUGCUCACGAGCUGGGCAUCAAAAUCAUUAACGAAGACCAGUUCUUGCAAAUGAUUGCCAAUCCUACAGAUAAAGGCAAACCUGGCAGGAAGAAAGAGGAUAGAACUGCCAAGGAGAAAUCGCCACACAAAAAAAAUAACGUCUUUAAAAAAGAAGUGGCCAACGAACAUGAAUCUAUUAAAAAAGAGAUCACAGAUUAUAAAAUACCCAAAAAAGAAACUAGUGAAAAAACUAAGAUUAAGACAGAAAUAAAUGAUAAUAAUGUUGCCAUGUUAAAAGGUGUGUCAAAAUCAUGUGAAGCACCCAAAAUUGAGGUGGCACCGUUGAAGGUAGUAUCAAAAUCAAGCGGUGAUGUGGACAAAAUUCAGGUGAACAAAAGUGGCUCCACCCCAGAUUCACUGAUGUGGGUUGACAAAUAUAAACCAAGGAAUGUAAAGCAGAUCAUUGGACAACACGGCGACGCUAGUAACGUUAAGAAGUUGAUGAAUUGGCUGACCAAAUGGUACGUGAACAGGAAGGCGAAGUUGGCCAAGCCCAGCCCGUGGACAAAGAAUGAUGAUGGAGGCUAUUACAAGGCCGCAUUGCUCUCGGGGCCUCCAGGAGUUGGCAAAACCACCACAGUGGCGCUAGUGUGCAAGGAGCUCGGCUUCGAUAUGGUGGAGUUCAACGCAUCGGACACUCGCAGCAAGACUCUGAUCAAGGAGCAGAUUGGGGAGCUUCUCACUACCAACUCACUCUCCGGUUACGCUAAAGGCGACACAGGCAAGCAAGCCGUCUCGAAGAAGCAUGUUUUGGUGAUGGACGAGGUUGACGGUAUGGCGGGUAACGAAGACAGAGGCGGCCUCCAAGAACUAAUAAACCUGAUCAAGGCCGCAUCAGUGCCAAUCAUAUGCAUGUGCAACGACAGGGACAGUCAGAAGAUGCGCUCCCUGGUCAACUAUUGUUACGAUCUUAGGUUCAGUAAACCCCGAGUGGAGCAAAUUAAGUCGGCUAUGAUGUCAAUCUGCUGCAAGGAAGGUCUCAAAAUCCCCCCGGACGUGCUGAGUCAGCUCAUCGUGUCGGCCAAUCAGGACGUGAGGCAGACUCUCAAUCUCCUCUCUCUGUGGGCCGCAGACACCCGUCUGUUGGACGGAGACCAGUUGAGGAAGGACGCGAAGAAUGUCAAGAGGGAUUUGAAACUGGGUCCAUGGGAGGCUGUUAGGAAAGUGUUCUCGUUCGAGGACCACAAGACGAUGUCGAUCCACGACAAAAGCGAUCUGUUCUUCCACGACUACAGCAUGGCGCCUCUCUUCGUGCAGGAGAACUAUUUGCAAGUCACUCCGCAUUGUCCCAAACACGAGAUCCUAGACCGCGUAAGUCGAGCGGCCGAUAGCAUCAGUAUGGGAGAUUUAGUGGAUGCCAGAAUACGAGGGUCGCAAGCGUGGUCUUUGUUACCAUUGCAGGCGAUGUACGCGUCAGUGAUCCCCGGGCACGCGCUGGCGGGCCACGCGCCGCAGCUCAGCUUCCCCGCGUGGCUCGGCAGGCGCUCCCGCCGCAACAAGCUGGCGCGUCUCUGCCAGGAGAUCCACGCGCACACCAGGCUCAGCACUUCCGGCUCCAAAUCCUCGAUAUUCCUGGACUACUGCACACACCUACGGGAUGCUGUGCUGAACCCUCUCAUCAAAGACAAAACCGACGGCAUCGAGCGGGCGCUGGACACGCUGGAGGCCUACCACCUGCUGCGGGACGAUCUGGACUCACUCACUGAACUGUCGCUGUGGCCCGGACAGAGGAACCCCAUGGUCUUGAUUGAUUCCAAGGUGAAAGCGGCAAUGACCCGCACGUACAAUAAGAAAGCGAGCGCUCUGCCGUACGCGGCCGCCAGCGUCAGGCGCGGCAGGGCGCGGGACGAUGCCGACGACGAUGACGAGCUGGAGGACGAUAAUGACGACAGCGACCCCGAGAAUGACGCGCUUAUUAAGAAAAAGAAAGGCAAGGAAUCUGAAAAAGCCAGCAAGGAAAAUGCUGGUUCCAGUAAGGAAAAUCCCAGUUCAAGUAAAGCAAGUGCCAACAAAAAAGCUAGCAAAGCAAAGAAGUGAUGUUCAAGUUUGUUAUUUUGUUGUUUGAGCCUCCAACUUGUCACAGUCAGCGCAUCAAGCCUGAAACCUAAAUAUAUGUUUCUUUAACAUUUGGGGGAAAAAUGUUUCAUUUAUGUUUGAAGGACUUUUAUUUUGUCAAUUACUUAAUUAAACUGGUAUGAUGAUGA